CAGAUCCAGGCAGUCUGGCUCCACAGGUCUUGGCAAAGUCUUGUGGCUACUGUGGCCUCAGCAACACUGUAGGAUGGACUCGGUGCUUCAGAAGCCUGGGCUCAGAAAGGAUUUGAUGUGGAGCGGGAGGAAGUGUUUGAAAUUUAGGACAUAGGUUAAAGCAGGCCAAAAGAUAUAGGCGACUGAUAAAGCCUACAGCCCGGCAGAGGGAGCUCUUUGUACAAGAGGCUCUGGGGAUUAGGGGAGUCCGGGCAGGUUUAGAAGGUUCGUGGAGUGGGGGGGUCCUGGAGAAGUAGGCACACAGAAAGAUUGAGUUCUUUCUAUUCAGGGCUCAAGGUCUGCAAGCCAUGAGAGAGGAUGUUUCAGGUCUCCAAAAACCUUCAAGAACCUAAAAGGGGCCCCUGGAUGUGUAUGACCCUAGAUUCUAUUUGAUACGGAGUGGGCCUAAAGAAUCCGAGGAUCAGCUGCUUUAUGGGACCUCUGGAGACUUGACGGCCGAAUUCUAUAGAGGUGUGUGGUGGCUCCUGCAGGGCCCCGGCUUUCCGGGAAUGCUAUUGAUCAGGUGGCUCUGAAGCUAAGCCUGAUUGGAGGAAGAGCUAAGCACGAUUGGAGGAAGAGCAGUUCUAAGUUCAAGUUCCAGGAGCUGUACAGUAUCUCACGAAGCGUGAGAGAAGACAAAACACAAGAAGAAGCUCCUGGUGCCGAGCUCCAAUUCCUACUUCAUGGAUGUGAAAUGCCCAGGAUGCUAUAAAAUCACCACAGUCUAUAGCCAUGCACAAAUGGUAGUCUUGUGUGUUGGCUACUCCACUGUCCUCUGUCAGCCUACAGGUGGAAAAGCACGGCUUACAGAAGGACCUUCCUUCAGGAGGAAGCAGCACUAAAAGUACUCUGAAUCAAGAUAAGUGAGAAACCAGCCCAAUAAACACAUUUUGGAUAUAAAAAAAAUUUUGGGGGGCCAGAGAGAUGGCUCAGCGGUUAAGAACAUUGACUGUUCUUGUAGAAGACCCGGGUUUGAAUCCCAGCACCCAAAUGGCAGCUAACAACUAUCUGUAACUCCAG